AAAUACUUUAAAUAAAAGUAAAAUCUCUGCUCUUCAUGAUGGUAAGAAAAAAUUUGGCCCUUGCUGCCUAAUUUUUGAAUAAAAAGGGCAGGUUCUUAUAGAAAAACUUUCACGGCCCUAGGUUUUUUAGUUAUUGAAGAAGUAUCAAAGUAUAUUUUUCUUUUAUUGAACUCGCAGUAAAUUUUUGGAGGAAUCCAAUGAUAUUAAAUGUAAUAUACAUCACUGGGCAUUCUAAGGAGUAAGUGAUAAAAAAAAUGAUGCAAUGUACAUCCCAGUACUGGUUGGCAGCAUAACAUCAUGAUAUUGUCAACAUAAUCAAUAGUAGAUAGUGCGAAAUUAUGAAAAAUAAUUUGAGAGAUUGAACUUAAUAUGAAAUAUUGUCUUUAUACGGUAGAAAUUUCAUACUUCUUUUGUAAGUAUUUAAAGUCUCCAUUCACAUUUACAAGCAGCUAUUGAUAAUUUAUGGGCAUAAUUGCUAAGUAUUUGUCAAGUAAUCAGCAUUACAUUUUGCAUACACUAUUACAUUUUGUGUAGAAAAUUGUAUCCAUUUUCUAACAAAACUGUCAAGAUGCAUUAGAAAAACGAUCAUUACAUUUAUUCUUAUACAGGAAUUAAUUUGGAACAUAUACAUUUUCCCUAAAACAUUAUUUCUGUUUCCGUGUCCUUUUCCCUUCAUUUUUAUCAUCGUGGCCACUGGUUUUAGGCAAGUACACAGAAUGUCCAGAUUUCUUUAGGUGCUCAAAAAGUUUAUUUUUAGAUGGAAACUCAGCAUUGCAUGUUGCACAGCAUAAGUUUACCUCCUUGGCUCCUGUUGUUCCAGGAUCCACAUCCUUCUUUGUUUUUUUCCUUAUUUCUUUAACGUUCUUACUUUUGCUUUCUAAUUUUGCACUAUCUCCUUGCUCAUGUUCUAAUUUACCCAUGUCACUAGAACUGACCUUUUUAGUUUCUUUUUGUUUCUUUUUUCUACUUCUGGAAUCAUCCCAACUUCCUUCAUCUACAUUUUCACCUUUUACACCAGUUUCCAUUACUGGUAAUUUUGACUCCCCUGGAUCUCUUGGUUUCUUGCCUUUCUUCGAUGACAAUGAUACAGAUUCAUCAUCAGCAUCUUCUAUAUCACUCAUGUCACCAUCACCCGUAUCCGAUCCACUGGCAUCAACACCUUGUUCACUACCCAUACCAUUGUUUUGAGAUUUUACUUGUUUUAACUGUUGCUGUUUCUUACGUUGUUUUUUAGAUUGCGCAAAUGUCAAAUCAAUAUUUGAAUCCGAGUCUUCACUAUUCACCAUUGCACUAACAAGUUUACUUUUCCGUUUCUUUUUCUUCUUCGCUUUUGAUUCUGUUACUUCCACUUCCUCCUCUACAUCACUAUCUUGAUCAUCAUCUUCAACUUCAUCUCUUCCACUAUCAAGAUUUAUACAACCAUUGUCCAUGUUAUUUCCUCCUACUUUCAAUUCGUUCAUUGUCACUUCAUUUUUCAAAAGUUCUACAUUUUCUUUAUGUUUCUUAGAAUUCUCAUGAUUGGCAAAUGCUUUUUCUGUUUUAAACAUUUUAUCACAAGCUACACAAUACAUGUUUUGAGAUUUACUUUCAUCUCUCAAACUAUCACUGUCAUCAUCCUCUUCCGAACUAGCUUCACUGUCUCCGAAUUCAGCUGCCAUUCUGGCCUCUAUUUCUUUAAGCUCACGCUCCACAUUAGAAAAUUUUGACCACUCCGACUCCUUAUAGUCUUUAAGAGCAGCCUGCUUUUCUUUUAAUUGUUGUUUACGUUUCUCUUCAGAUUUCUUGGCAUUGGCAGAUGCCUUUUCUUCAAGAAGUUUUAUAUAUGUCUGAACACGUUUAUCUCUCUUUCGAACAAAUGCCACAAGAUUACGGAUUUCUUCAUUUCGUUCUUUUCUUGCUUUAUCCCUAACUUUCUUAUUUUCUUUUUCAAUCAAACGUAAAACUCUUCGAUUCGGAGCUUCUCUGAUAUCAUGGGGAUCAAGCCAAGCAUAUGACUUUUUUGUGGAGUAACUCUGCCAAUAAGCAUAAAAUGGAUGUACAACAUCUUCAUAAGAACUUACUGAAUUUCCAAAUGAAGGUACUUCAAAGUCACUAUCUUCAAUAAAUUCAGAAUCUUCCGAUGCAAUUUUAUUAAAUACUUCUCUGUAAACAGAAUAAAAACUUCUAUCAUCGUCUCCAUAACCUUUAAAACAUGCCGAUGAAAAAUACGGGAAAACAUCCAGGCUGUCAUCUUUGUAGCCAUCACCACCAUGACAACCACGAAUAAUUGAUUCUCUAUAUUUAUCAUAGAAUGCCCUUUCUUGAGGAUCACAUAAUACUUCGUAUGCUUGCUGUACGAAGAGAAAUUGUUCCUGUGCCUCCUUGACAUUAUCCAAAUUUUUGUCAGGAUGCCAUCUCAAUGCCAAAGUUCGGUACGCUUUCUUCAGAUCUUCACUACUUGCAUCCCUAGGUACUCCAAGAACUUCGUAAUGACACUUCAUUGUAGAUAGAAGUCUGUAAUUAAAAAAUACUAUAGACAACGUGUAGCUACGGCCAUUUAACCUCACUUUCUAAACGGAAUUAGAAUUACAAGCUUCUUCGAUUUUGAACUACAACUGUGUUAACAACUGCAAUAAAGGGAUUGUAAAAUGCAGGCAUGCGUAAACAUAUGGGCAAUAAUGGGAAAAGAACAGGAGAAAUUAUCUUUACCUGACACUUUCACAAGAACUUUCACACUUCUAUGCAACAGACCGGGUCUAGCCUCUCCACCCGAUCCAAACCGAUCACCAGUUCCAGUUCUUCUCGGAUGUUCACGACUCUAGCAGAUAUGCCAAAAGUGCAACGAGUACCAACAUCGAGAAGCAACCACGUUUCGCACGUUCCCAAUCGUACUACAUCACCGUUACCACAGCUUGGAAGUAGACAGUCAAUAAUUGUUUUCAGGAGUUCUCCAGUUCAUUAGAACGCGUUUAUUUGUUAUUCAUAAAAUUAAUUUUCUUUCCUGUUGGCACAGUUUUAAUUUGUUCUUUCUCUGCAUGUUUGAUGUGACGUAAGAACUGCUAAGUGUCACAUUGCCCUCAGUGUUGUGGUUAUACUGCAGUGAAUUUUGCGGCAUGCCUGAAGACAUUUUGUGAACCGGUCUACUAAGUGACUACAUGAGAUUGGUGACCUGUCAAAUAUUCAAAACUGAGGACAUUCCAUCCAAAUAGUUAAUGAGUGAUAACGAUGUUAUUCAUAAUGAUACUCCAACAGAAUCAGACAAGAUGGAUAUCAGUGAAGUAUCUGACCAAGCAACCCCAUUCAGUGACAGAAGCCCAUCAGAAGUCAUAGACAAUCAGGAACCCGAUGCAAAUGCUGUAGUACUUGAUAACGCACCAGCAGUUGCUGCUGCUGCUGCUGUUACUACUAAUAUUACAUCAACUACCACCGAUAUGUCUACUCCUCUUACCACAGACAAGUUACUUCAAGAGAAAAUGUUACGGGCAACGAAUGUGACGUCCAACCUUACUACUUCCAAACCUAUUGGUGUUACAUCUACAACCAUGGCAAACGACAAAGACUCUCUCUCAGGAAAGGAACAAGAUUUGGGCAAUUGGUCAAGUGCUGGUGAAGACACUACAUUAUCAAGGGAACAUUCUGAAAGUAAAUUGAGUUUGGAAGGUUUGGAUUUAGAACUUCCAACUCUAGAAAUGUACCAGGAGGAAUUUGUUGAUUUUCCAAGUAGUCCCACUCAUGAGAAUUUUCAGCCUCAGUUACUGGUGGGUGAACGUGAUUCUGGCAAUGCUGGCGGGAGCGAGGAAGAAGAGGAAGAUACAUCUAUCUACAGGGCUGUUCUCUCCCCUAACUGUCAGGAUGUGCGUCUGCGGAAAGAAGUAGCAGUAGGAGUAGCAAGUAUGGUAGACAUUCCAGCCACCACUUCUGCCAUACUCAACAACAAUUCCAUUGCCACCUGCAUUAGUUCCACUCUCACUGCUGCCAUCACUGAUGUGCCUUUAACCACUACCACCACUGUUACUGCCAAUGUAGCAAACACAAAUGUCACUGCUGCAACUUCUUCAGUUGAUUCAAAUGAAGAUGAAAAGAAUCGUUCUCACAGGAAAGUUCUUAGUCCCAAUCCUGAAGACACUCAGCUCCCUGAUAUUGGUGGCAUGCCAAUAACUGUGAUCGAGACAACUGAAGAGCUUCCACGGUCAACUGCCUUCCAUAAAAGUAUGGAAUCCUUGUCUGGAAUGAAAACCAUUCUUUCUACACCUGUACUAGAUGAUGGUUCUGGAGAUGAAAGCAAUUCAGAUUUUGUAUUUGAACGUCGAGAUUCUAAGCGAUUAUCACGAUAUGCAUUAGGAGAACGUGUUAUGGAAGGUCUAUUUGUGGAAAGUCGAAACAAAGACUCUGGCGCUAAUUCUGGCCUUCGAAAGAUCUCUGUACCAGAUGAAGUAAUGAAUAGUCCUGAAUCUGAUUCAAAAGAUUUAGAUUUAAGUUUUGAAAGUUCUGAUAAUUUAAAUGGGGAAAUUGCAAAGAAACAGCCGUUAGUUCGCAAAUUCCCUCCUCUGGGACCAACUAAUUCAGACCCUGGUCCUGGUAAACCAGUUCCAGCUGCAAGAUCAAAAUCUAUAUUGUGGGAUAGUGGCACAGACUAUAGCAAAAUGACAAGUCCACCCUGCCCCAAACCACGAAGGAAAAAUCGUACGGCAGUGCCAGCAGAAUCCUUCAAGCAUGAAACCAAAGGACCUCAGUUGCUGUUGAAUCCCUUAACUUUGGAUUCACAAACACCUAUACGAAGAGUGGCUAAAGUCAAUCCUGAUGGUACAGUGGAAGUUGAAGAACGACCUGGCUCCCUAAUAUCAUCUCAGCGUGGGGGUCGACGAAGGAUUAGAGUGACAGCAGAUAUACUCAGUGGUCAUGCGAGAGAAGAUGAAGAUGAUGAUCCUGAAGAUGGUGAUGCAUCAUCAAUUGGAGGCCACAGCAGUCGUCUGUCGGAUGCAGAUCUCUUGUCUCCGGGAGAAGAUGAUGCAGACCUAGAUGCACUUCUUAGUCCUGGCGUGGAUACUCCAGAUGAACUAGAAGAUUCUAUUCUGGAACGAUUGGGAGAGCCACCUCCAAUGACAACCCCUGCUGCAGCCCCCAUCCCCGAAUUGACUGCUGCUGAGGAGAGAGUGGAAUCUCGCAAUUGGCGGAGUUGUGUGAUUGAGCCUUACAAACGUGUGUUAUCUCAUGGAGGAUACCUUACCGCAGGAUCACAUAAUGCUAUCAUAGUAUUCAGUGCUUGCUUUCUCCCUGAUCGGAGCCGUGUUGACUAUGACUAUGUAAUGGAUAACUUGUUUCUAUAUGUUUUGACUACUUUGGACCAGUUGAUUACAGAAGAUUAUGUUCUUAUCUACUUGCAUGGAGCUACACAACGUUCUUGCAUGCCUACAUUCACAUGGUUGAAGCGGUGUUACCAACUUAUUGAUAGACGUCUUCGAAAGAAUCUCAAAGGACUGUAUCUUGUGCACCCAACGUUUUGGCUGAAGACUAUUGUCUUAAUGACCAAACCAUUUAUUAGCUCAAAAUUUAGUCGCAAGUUGAGGUUUGUUGACAACUUAGCUGAACUUGCUGCUAUUGUGCCACUGGAACAGGCUAGCAUCCCUGAUCGAGUUAAACAGUUAGAUGAUGAAUUGGAAGAGCGAGCUGUUAAGCGGAGAAGCCUUUUAAAUUGGUGGUGGACGCAAACUCCAGACACAACGACAGUCUCCUCAUAAUACUAUUCCAGAUAUAUACAGUUAAUUUUUUUAUAAUACCUUCUUCUUUUAAUUGCACCAUGAUUUGGCAUCUUUCACAUGUCUUAAGUGGUGUUGUAAUAAGCAUUGAGAAUGUAAAAGUAUUUUUGUAGGAAAAUAAGUUUUUUCAUGCAUGUGAAGGGGAAAAUAUAACCAAUAACUAAUUUGGCAAAAAUUCUGUAUGUUGUGUAAUACACAUUUCAAAUUCUGUUAAUUACAGAUACAAUGAUAGUUGAUACUGAUUCAAAUAUUCAAGUAUGACGUUAAUAUGUAAUCUGGAGCAUUAAAAAAGCAAUAAAAACUAUUCGCUGGCGAAUCUCAUUAGCAAUAGGCAUUCAUACCUCAUGUGGGUGUCUUCAUUAACAAUAACCUGUAUCUUAGAUUACUCAUGCUUUGCAACUCAUUAUUUUGUGUAUGAAAUUUGUAUUUGUCACGAAUAUUUAAGAUUCUAGAAGAAUAUGUUAUUCAAAUUUUAUAGACAUUGAAGGAGGAAUUGUUUUUCGUGUUUCAUUUACUAUGUUCCUUUAGGUAAAGAAAUUUGUAAGCAAAGAAUUUUUGGGUUAAUGAUCUUUAUUUCGAGUGUUCCUGAUACUUCAACAGUGCAAUCUUAGAUAGUUAUCAGAGAAAUUGAAAAAGAAGCAGUGUCAUUGCAUGUUAAGAAUAAGAAAAUUUUCUCUGAAAUAUUCACAUACUGCCACAGAACUGUCAGCAAUGUACUCAUGUUGACAUAUUUCUGCCCACUGCCUUUCCAUUGAGAAAGUGUGGGAACUGUUUUGAGAUUUACAAAUAUUGCCAACAUCUGAUUAGAGUAUAUAUAGUACUCUUUCUUGUAUGAUUUAUUACAAUGGGUUACAAAUGCACUGACUUACAUUGGUGCUUUUCAAGAAUAUUGGUAACAUGAAGCUGAAUGCUUAAAAUUAUUGACUUCUCAUGUAAAUACAUGUUUUUAGGCAUACAAUGGCCACUUCUUGUGCACAGUGAGAACAAUUUGGUAGUACUUGAUAUGCAUGUGCAUAUAAUAAAUGUAUUGUGAUUGGAUUGCACUGUGUAAUUAUAAUAUAAAUGUAUGUUUUGCCAUGUAGAAUUGUGUAAAGAAUGUGAAAGGAAUGUCUGGAAGUUAUAUUUCUUAAAUCACUUUCCUUUCUGGUGUAAAAUUCAAUAUGUAUAAAGCGCACAGGCAAGAAUGAAACAAUGUAUGUAUAGGAAGUGAAUGCACAUGUUAGUUUUAUUGCAGUAUGCUGUUACUGAAAUACCACUAAAAAGUAUUUUCGUGUUGUUUUUUAUAUUUUUAUUUAUUUCUGUGUAGACAAUACAAGGAUGUAACUGAAGCGAACUGUGUAAUACUAUAAAAAACAAAUUUCCUGUAAACACAACCACGUUUCAGAGUAAUUUGUUAACUUUCUGUUUGUAUAAAGUGGACAAUUGUGCAGAAAUGUUCUUCGUUGAAAAUCCACAUAAACCAACAUAGGCAGUAGAACAAGGUUAUCUCAAACUUUGGAUUCAAAAACCCUCUAUUUCUUGUAACAUUAGUAUUCUGAGACCAGUGCCAGUUAAAAAGCUAUGAAAAUGUAACAUUUAUUUUAAUAAUUCACACUUGUUUCAGUGCCUCAAAAAACCUCAUGCAAAUAAUUACAAUUGGAAUUCCAUCCAUAUUCUAGAUAUAUUACUUAUGAUAAGCAUUCCAAAUUUAAUUCCAAAGUCUCCAAAUUUAAAUCUGCCACUCAUCAUAUUAUAACCAUUAGUACAGUAUUUCGACUUUAAUUGUUUCACAUAAAAUUGCAUAUUCUCUGUAGUUCUUAUUUUUCACAUGAGUUUAUUUUGUUUUUGCUACUUUUCUAAAAAAAUUUCAAAAAAUAAACAAACAAAAUGUAUGCCAAAUAUACUUUAAUGCUGACAGAUACAGUAAUAAAUUCUGAAAUGUUCUGCGAAUAAAUACUAUAUAAAAUGCUUAUUUGACAAAUCUCUUUUACAUCAGCAGUUUUUUGAUGUCCUCCAAUACAUGCACUACUCAUGUCCUCACUAAUCAUUAUGAACUUAUAUCCACAUCCAUAGUUCGCUAUAGACAGUAUAGCCAUUCCAGAAUUUAUAUGAAUAUUAUUGCCCGAAACAAUGUAACGAAUUCUGUUUAUAAGAUUCACACGUAUUAAUGCAUUGUCCCAAUUUUAUAUCAAUACUUGGUCAUUGUAUUCUAGGGUCACUUAUAUACACAAAAACAAAUAAAGCAAAAUAUUAACUUGUAAUUUUGGUGGUUGGCUAAAAGUUUAUAAUAGUCCAUUGUUUAUACCCAGUGUGAUAAAUAAUUGUUGACUACUUUUCAUAACGCUUCAGCGUAAUUAUUUUCAUCACUGAAAUACUUUGCAAGAUAAAGAUAUGCAUACUUAACAUAAAAUGAAUCGGUAUUUGAAAAUAGAUUGAUCAAAGAUCUUGGGGCAGGUAAAUUGUUAACAUCAGUUCUUGCUACAUAGUAUAAACAAAUUAAAGAAAAUUGAUACCUAACCACUUUGAUUAUUUCAGAGAGUAUUCUUGGAAUCAUUUAAGGAAAAUGUAUGAAGGUAUGAAAAAUAAAAUUAUUUCCAAGACUUUUUCAUAUAUGUCCAUUUCAUUAUGCAAUUAUUGCUUUUAUGCUUUGUUACAAGAUAGUUUAUAGUUUUACCUUUUAAAAUGAUAUAUGUAACAUAAUCUCUUCCAUCAGAAAAAGUCAACGUUAUUAAUAUUCUGUUCUAGAAAAAACAAUUAAUAUUGUUCUUAUGGUUUUCUUCCAACAGUUGCAAUUUUGUAAUUAUUAUUAAUAUUGAGAUUCAUAUUGAAAUGUGUGCCACUGAACUGCUGUUCAAUGUUAAUCAAAUAAUUAAUAGUACCUAUUCUAAAUUGGCACUGGUCUUACUAUUAAAAAUGGAAAGCAAUGGUUUAAAAAUCCUUAAAGCGCUAUUAAAUGUUUCCAAUUUGGGCAGAUAUUUGUAGGACCACAAAAAGUGAUUGCCUUUUGAACAUUUUGUAACAUUCCUAAUGAAUUACCUUGUAUGGUACAAAAAUUGAUCUCGCUAAAAUAUUUGUUCUUAUUAAACUAUGUUCCACUUGUUCUGUUUGGACUGAAGUUCACUGUACAGAGUAGCACAGGGUAUAUGAGGAAAUUGGUUUACUUCUUUAUUAACAUAGCAAAUUCAAUAUUUCAGUCCUUGUGACGAAUCAAUUCAUAAACAAUUAAUGGAAAUAUUGUGAACAGGUAAAGCCUUUCUAUGUAUACAGUAAUCCCUCCAUUGCUUUUUAGCAUAUUCAAUGAAGACUUUUACUUCACUUCAUUUGUAAAUUGUAGUAAUUUUGACUGACAUACAAAUUGCAAGGCUUCAAAUACAAUCUGUAAGAACUAUUAACUAAGAUUUAUUGUACAUAAUAUUCAUGUAGUGGAUUCAUUGCUAAAGUGGCAGAAUGAGUACAAUAUGUUAUUUACCUGGAGAAGAAUGUUAGUUUAAAACAUUUCUGUUCUGAG